GCUCCAGCGUCCACCGCGGCCACGAUGCGGCUUGCGACAGAGGAGCGAUACAGCGCGGUGGCAGACGCAGCGCACGGCGGCGACGGCACGGCGCAGCACACCCUCGGCCUAUUGCACUACUCCGGCGUCGGAGGUGCGCAGAGGGACGAGCGUGAGUCCGCCUACUGGCACGCUGCAGCCGCCGUCGCGGGCAACGUCGAGGCGCUCGCCACGCUGGGCGGCUGCGUGCGGCGAGGCGUCGGAGCCGAGCUCGACGAGGCGGCCGGCCUCGACAUCAUCACUGCAUGUGCGGCAGCUGGCUCGCCCGUCGGGCUGGUCAAGCUGGGCGUCUGCCACGAGGACGGCGAUCUGCCCGGCAAGCCCGCUGAUGCGCAGCGAGCAGCCGCCCUCUUCGAGUCCGCAGCCUCGGUGUGGGUUGGAGGCGAGCCACCGAGCGAGAGCGAGUCGGAGAGCGAGGCGUCUCCUCCGCCGCGCCGCAGAUCGGCCCUCGCCCUCUUCCAGCACGGCUUUGCUCAGGUUUACGGCAUCGGCACGCGGCGGGACGUCGAGGCGGGCGCUGCGGCGUGGCUCUCUGCUGCGAAGCUGGCCCCGGACGACGGUGCGGAGGAGGCAGCGUGGGGCCUCUACUCCGAGCAGGACGCCAGCCCAGCCGUGCAGCCGCGAGGCCGGGCUGUAGGAGAGCUCUUCACCCGUCCCCGCCCUUCCGAGCAGGGAAGCCUCUCGCCGGCGCUGCGCCGGCGCGUCCACCCCGACCGCUGCUUGCGCCUCUCCGCCGCCCUCGAAUACGCUCCUGCUGUCGCUGAGCUUGCGCGCCGCGGCGAGCGGACGGGUCAGCGCG